AUGGAUACCUCUGACGAAAUUCAUGAUAAAAUACCCAAUACAUUAAGAGAACAACAGCAGCAUUUACGCCAAAAAGAGUCAGAAGGAUGCAUAACAACAUUGAAAGAUCUUAAUGUGCCCGAGACAAAGAAACUUUCCUCCGUGCUACAUGGCAGAAAGGCGAGUACGUAUUUAAGAAUUUUUAGAGAUGAUGAAUGUUUAGCCGAUAACAACAAUGGUACAGAUAGUAACAAUGGCGGGUCCGUGCCAUGCGCGGACAAAAUAACAAGGACAGAAUCUACUCCCAAAUCAUUACCAGAAGAAUUACAACCUUCUGAUAAAAAGAGAAACCCAGAUACUUCGUCCUCUCCAUUGUCAAGUUUCAUUUUAUCUAACCACGAGGAGCCGGCAAUUAAGCCCAAUAAACACGUGGCGCAUAGCAAUAAUAUUAUUGAGAGGGGCCAAAGCUUUGAUGAGAAUAUUGCAAAACAACAAUCAUACCAACCGCAAGUGAUACAUCAACAAACUUCUUUAAAGCCAAUUCAAAAUGUAGAUGAGGGAUGCAUUUCGCCUAAGUCGACUUAUCAAGAUAGUUCACAUGGAAUAUCAGAGGAUUUAACAUUGAAGCCUGUUUCUUCUGCAACAUACUAUCCUCACAAAAGUAAAGCUGUUUCUGGUUAUGAAGAAAAGGAUAAAAUGGAAAAUGAUAUCGAUACUAUUCAGCCUACCACCAUAAAUUUCGCCUCUAACAUAGCUGCACUUCCUAGAUCUUAUAGCAGGCAUACCUUCAAGGUUAAGACUCAUUCAACUUUAUCACAGUCUCUAAAGCAAGAAAACAUCAAUAAUAGUAGUAACAAUAAAAAAGCUCAACAAUCUGUGCAACAAAGCGAACCAAACAAAGAAAAACUCAAUACGCUUGAACAGGAGAAAGGAGGCGAGCAAGUGGAGGAAGAAGAGGAUGAAGGCGAGGACGAACAUAGAGAAUAUCCCUUGGCAGUAGAACUAAAGCCAUUUACGAAUAGAGUUGGAGGUCACACCGCAAUAUUUAGAUUUUCGAAGAGAGCGGUUUGCAAGGCUCUAGUGAACAGAGAAAACAGGUGGUAUGAGAAUAUAGAGUUGUGUCAUAAAGAAUUAUUGCAAUUCAUGCCGCGCUAUAUUGGUGUUCUAAAUGUUAGACAACAUUUUCAAUCAAAAGAUGAUUUUUUAAGCGAUUUGGAUCAAGAAAACAAUGAUAGCAGCAAAAACAUAGAGGUUAAUCAUGACAGUAACGACGAUAUUCCACUUAGUACGGAACCUACCGGGACCCCCUUAACACACAUACAUUCCUUCCCUUUAGAACAUUCAUCGAGACAAGUGCUCGAAAAGGAGCAUCCUGAAAUUGAACCCAUUCAUCAACAUGUGAAAAGGUCACUGUCGAGUUCCAAUCAACCUUCUUUGUUGCCUGAGGUAGUCUUAAAUGACAACAGGCAUAUUAUACCGGAAUCCUUGUGGUACAAAUAUUCCGAUUCUCCAAACUCGGCACCGAAUGAUUCGUACUUUUCGUCCUCCUCUUCUCAUAACUCGUGUUCUUUCGGUGAUCAUGCCAGUACGAAUAAAUUAAAAAGACGCGAUUCUGGGUCCACCAUGAUCAAUACCGAAUUGAAGAAUUUAGUCAUAAGAGAGGUGUUUGCACCAAAAUGCUUUAGAAGGAAAAGGAAUUCCAAUACGAGUACGAUGGGAAACCAUAAUGCGCGUUUGGAUUCUAGUCCAUCUUUUCUCACACAAAAAUCAAGAGCCUCGUCCCAUGAUGCAUCGAAUACGUCCAUGAAGACUCUUGAUAAUUCAUCGUCACAAGCGAAUCUACAAAUGGAUAACUCAAACGUCAGCGCUAAUUUACAGGGUCCUUUCUUGAAAAAGUCACUUCAUGAGAAAAUAUCCAAUGCUUUAGAAGGCUCACAUUCAGUAAUGGAUUUGAAGCAAUUCCACAAAAACGAACAAAUAAAACAUAAAAACUCUUUUUGCGGUUCUUUAUCCCCUAUUCUCACUGCAACUAAUUCCAGAGAUGAUGGAGAAUUUGCCUCCUCUCCGAACUAUAUCAGCAACGCACAAGAGGGUGUUUUUGAUAUGGAUGAAGAUACGGGGAACGAAACGAUAAGUAUGGAUAACCAGGGCCAUCAUAAUGGCCCUGGUAAAAAUAAGAUUAUAAAGUCAUUGGGGUAUAACGUUUCAAAUGAUUAUAGCCAUCAUGACAUCGAAUCAAUUACGUUUGAAGAGACAUCUCACACCAUUGUCUCAAAAUUCAUCUUAUUAGAAGAUUUGACAAGAAACAUGAACAAACCCUGUGCUUUGGAUCUAAAGAUGGGGACAAGACAAUAUGGUGUGGAUGCCAAAAGAACCAAACAAUUAUCUCAACGUGCUAAGUGCUUAAAGACCACUUCUAGGCGUUUAGGCGUUAGAAUCUGCGGAUUAAAGGUUUGGAACAAAGAUUAUUAUAUCACAAGAGACAAAUAUUUCGGUAGAAGGGUUAAGGUUGGUUGGCAAUUUGCUAGAGUACUUGCACGAUUCUUGUAUGAUGGUAAGACGGUUGAAAGUUUAAUCAGGCAAAUUCCAAGGUUGAUCAAGCAAUUAGAUACUUUGUAUUCUGAAAUUUUUAAUUUGAAAGGUUACAGGCUAUAUGGUGCAUCUUUAUUACUAAUGUACGAUGGCGAUGCUAAUAAAUCAAAUUCUAAAAGGAAAAAAUCUGCUAAUGUUAAAGUCAAUUUGAUCGACUUUGCCCGUUGUGUGACUAAAGAAGAUGCAAUGGAAUGUAUGGAUAAAUUUUGUAUACCCCCAAAAUCACCAAAUAUAGAAGAUAAAGGGUUUUUACGAGGCGUGAAGAGCUUGAAGUUUUAUCUCUUACUAAUCUGGAAUUACCUGACUUCUGAUACGCCACUAAUUUUCGAUGAAGCAGAAAUGAACGAUAUGAUUAAUGGAGAAACAGAUAAGAAUAGUUCCCCUUCCGCUACCGGUUCGAAAAUCAACUUUAACAGUAAGUGGGAUUGGUUGGAUGAAUUUGAUAAAGAAAACGAAGAAAUGUAUAAUGAUCCAAAUAGUAAACUGAGACAAAAAUGGAGAAAAUACGAGCUUAUUUUCGAUGCAGAACCAAGAUACAAUGACGAUGCUCAAGUUAGUGAUUGA